AUGGUCGGUGCCAGCGAGUUCCGCGGCGGAGGCCGCCUCGCCGCGCUCGGGGCCCUGCUGCUCGCCGGCGUGCGCCCCGCCGGCGCCGACCUGCCGGUGCACUGCCUGCUGCGGGACGCCGCCGGCGAGUGGGACUUCCACGUCGGCCCCUCGCCGCCCCGCCUGCCUUCCCCGACGCCGCGGCGACGCUGCCGGCCUGCGGCCACCACGUCCCGAACACGGCGCUCUCCAUGCUGUCCCUGGACAGGGCCCGCGCCGUGCACGGCGCUGGAGAGACCGUGUCCAUCCGGCUCACCGAGGCCAUCAAGGAGAGCAACCGGACAGGCACUUGCAGGCAGUGUCCAGCGAAGGCGAGGAAGGUCGGUGGACCAUGGUGUUCGACGAGGGCUUCGAGGUCCGCAUGAGCGGAGGCCUGUCGUUCUUCGCGCACUUCAGGUUCGAGGCUCUCCAGGGCACCUCCCCGGAGAACGGCGACCGAUGGUCCGACAUCGCCAGGUACUUCGGCCGCAGCCCCGAGGGUAUAAAGAUAGAGCCCCAGGGCGACACCUACGCGUCCUAUUGCAACGAGACCUCAUCUGGCUGGUGGCAUCGGCGAGGGACAUGACCGGGGGCGAGCUGGAGAGCGGCUGCUUCUGGGCGGCGAAGCGGCAGGAGGGCGGCGGCGCGGCCCCGCCCGUGAGCGUGGUGCGCCUGGCCGGCCCCGGGGGCCCCAAGGCGGCGUCCAUGGCCGUCCGGGCCUCCAGGGCGCACGCGGCCGCGGGCGUCUGGGAGAUCGCGGACCUGCGCGGCCCCGAUGCCAAGGCCAAGACGUCAGACAUGAAACAAAAGAGGAACGUCUCCGCGGGCGACGCGGGGGCCCUGCCGAAGUCCUGGGACUGGCGGAAGGAGCUGGCGGGCAUGCACGCGGGCGAGGCGGACGACCUGUCCGAGCAGUUCAGCCAGGGCAACUGCGGUUCGUGCUACGCCUUCUCGGGCGCCCAGGUCCUACAGAUGCGCUUCCGCAUCCGACUGCUGCGGGAGCACGGGGUCCUGUACCCGCUGGAGCUCUCCUGGCGGAGCGCGACGCGGUGCAGCCCCUACACCGAGGGCUGCAACGGGGGGUUCGCCUACCUCGCGUUCAAGCAGGCGGCCGAGACCGGCUUGCCGCUGGCGGAGUGCGAUGCGAGCAUCCCUCCCGAGAAGCUGGACGACUCUUGUGACUGGUCCUGCUACAGGAACAACGACAUGCUCUUCUACGCGAAAGACUAUGGGCAGACGGGGGGGUUCGCGCAAGGCGCGACGGAGGAGGCAAUCAUGCGCGAGAUCUACCUGAACGGCCCUGUAAUCAUGUCGUUCUCGACCUCGGCCGCGCUCGAGUUCAUCUACAACAACGGCGUGAGCUACCGCAACACCACCGAGGUCAUGACGCUCUUCAAGAACGAGAAGGUCCCCCAGGAGCCAGCCUCGUCGAACCCGCGGAUCCUCCCCUGGCGGUACACGACCCACUCGAUCCUGUGCGUCGGCUUCGGCGAGGAGGCGGACGCGCGGAGCGGCCACGUGCAGAAGUACUGGAUCGUGCGGAACAGCUGGGGGCAGGACUGGGGCCUCCAGGGCUACGCGCUCAUGCGGCGCGGCAACAACGCGCACGCGGUGUACGUGCCGGGCCACCGCAAGGAGGGAGCUGGCGACGAGCGCGUCAGCUCCGUCCACCCCGUGGAGCUCGGCGGCGGGGAGACCGAGGCCCCGCUCCUGGGAGGACCCUUUAAAGGGAACGUCGCGGUCGCAGGCGACGACCUGGACCAGCGGAUGGUCGCCAAGGUGGCUGACGAGCACCGCCUCGGUGUCGUCCCCGCCAGCAGGCCGAGCGUCUCGCAGCAGCUCGGUGGCACCGCGGCCGACGUGCGGCCGGGCCACGGCCCGGUCCACGCAGGGCAGCGAUGCUACGCCAGAGUCGGCGGCGAGCGGGUCCCGGUCUGGGAUGGAGCAGGCUGCGCGCACCUCGCCUGGAUCAUCCAGGGUGGCCGCCCCGCCAACGGCGCAGUCGGCGACGACGCCCCCGCGGGGAGCGGCACCCAGGGUGGCAGUGGCAACGGGGACGGACCCUCCGGCAGCGCUUGGAGACAUUCGUCAUACUGGCACAGCACCUCGGCCGCGAGCGCCCACAGCUGGGAGAACGACCCCGCCUACCACCGGCGCGGCUGGAACGCCCCGCACGACGGCCUCUACUCGAGCGCUUCGCCGUGCGCCUCGCCGGUGCCGCCCCCGGGCGGCCGUUGGCUGCGCCGCGAGUUGGGCGAGGUCGGCGGCGGGCGCGGCGGCCCCGCGGCCGAGUGCGCCGGGGGCGACCCCGCGACGGCGCCGCACGGCGGCGGCGCCGCGCCGGCGGCGGCGGGCCGCCCGCUCGCCGCCGGGGGCUCCGCGGGGCGCCCCGCCCGCUCGCCGCCGCGGAGCCCCGGCGGUCGGGGCGGCGCCUCGGCCGAGAGCGAGGCGGACAGCUCCACGCAGUGCUCCACCAUCAGCCCGGCGCCGGCCCGCGGCGCCGCCUCGCUGCGCUCGCGGAGGUCCGUCCCGCAGCUGGGCGGCGCGUGGUACAGGACCAGGCAGACUGGCCGCGCUCGCAGAACCCAGGAGCAUUACGCGGACCAUGAUUGGGGCGGGGUGAAGAUCGUGAGGCGGUUCACGUGGUCGCCCUCGUUUUCCGCAGCAAUCUUAGCCAAGGGCGGCGCCAGUUGCGAGUCUGGGGCCCUCAGGCCAGAUCGUUACGGCCUCGCCCUCUCCAGCAUCCAGAGCGCACGCGUUCGAACCAUGCCGAAUUACAGCUUCCAGAGCACGACGCUGCCCAACUGCAGCUUCCAGAACACGACGCUGCCCAAGGUCCUGAUGUCCGUGGGCACUGCCGCAUGCAUGUUCAGCAUCCAGAAGACUUUCCAGUGCGCGAUGUCAGAGCAGUUCGAGGCCCCCGCGUUCCCCAAGGGCCAGAAGCACCCACGGUACCAUGCGUUCCGGGGAGGCUCACUGGCCGUCGCGGUGGUCGCUGGGCUCAACCUGGGCAUCCACGCGCCGGCGGCAGAGAAGAGCGGUACGCUGUGGAACACGCUGGCCGUUCUGGCCGCGGGCUACUUCGGCGGCUGGUGGUACCCGAGGCCCCUCCUUGGGCUGGCGACCCCCUCGUGGACGGCGGAGAGCGUCCACCUCGUCGCGGCCGCGUGCUGCUGCAGCGCGCUACUGCUCGCCAGACCUGCCUUCCGCCGGUGA